AUGGCGGCGGCUUCGAUGCGCAGUGCGAGACUCGAAUCUGUCCGGCACGGAGCAGGCGCCGCGCGCGAGGGAGAGGGGUAACUCCGAUUUGGGUAGCGUUCAAAAUCGACAUUGGAAUUCCGCGGAAAAAAAAGAAAUAAUCGCUGAUCUCUACGUAGAAGACUUGGCUGUGCGCUGAUAUAUACGGGGCCAGUUCGCGAAGAACGUCGAAGAUCUCUCGGCGGUUGAAAAAAUAGUGCAGCGGAUACGCCGAGGAAGUGCAGUGCAGCAGCUCUCUUUCUCUCUCUCUCUCUCUCUCUCUCUCUCUCUCUCUCUCUCUCUCUCUCUCUCUGUCUCUGUCUCUGUCUCUCUCGUUCUACAGAGCAGCAGCAGCAACGAGCAACGAGAGACAAGCGGUGGCGGCGAGCAUAGCAUAUAAGUAGUACGACGCGGCGGCGGACAGUUCGGAGUCAACGUGUCGCGUUGCAAAUUAAAAAGCCAGGAGAGCGAGUGAGCGAGCGAGCAUAAACGGCGGCGGCGCAGCAAGAUACUCGCAUCAGCGGCGCGUACAGCUUGUCCAGAUGAAAGCAGCUCCAGAUAACCGUGGCGCCCGUCGUCGUCGUCGCUGCUGCUGAGUCUAUACUCGCGGCGAGUGUGUGCGAAAGAGAGAGAUAUAUAUACAGUGAGAUCAGUGAAGAUAAGCUUCGCCAGUGAAUUAAGGUUAUGUAAAAUGUAGAUACUGGAACAAUCAUCUUUGUAAAUACUCAAUAAACGAGCAGAACGGGGAUAAGUUGGCGAAAAUAAGCAGCAUUUUGAUGUGUCCGCGAAGUUGGCGUGAGACUCGAGCGUGCUAGCAGACAAUAAUCUAUGGCGAGAGCCGCCGCGGGCUCGCUGCUGUUUGUGCUGCGUCGAAAAUAAUGCACGCUACUCCCUUUAAAUGGAGGACUGUGGCCGGUGACGUCCCGUCAUCGUGCUACCUUUAAUCUAAGUGGAUGCUGCUAUUGUCGCGUUAAUGAGCCGCAAAGUAAGUAAAGCGCAGCUCUCGCCCCGUGAACGAUCGUACAAAGGUGCGCCUCCUUGCAGAAAUGUCGAUUUGAGCGAGGGGAAGGCACGAAAAAAAACUGGAGCCCGAGCGCCAUAUAGCAUGACGAGCUCGUCGCCACAGCCAUCGCCAAUGCCGCCUCCGCAGGCUCCGAAUCAAAUGGGCCCGCCGCAACAGGCGCCCUCGCCCUCCAAUCAUCCCCAUAGUCCAGCUCCCGGCUACCAGGAGGGCCCACCGCAGCCCAUGUCUCAGCAAUCUCAGCAGACUCCACCGCCCAUGUUUCCACCACAACAUCCUGGGCAACCACCACAGCAAGGAUAUGGUGGCCCUCCACCACCACAACAUCAAGGGCCUCCACAGAAUUAUCCUCAUCCUCAACAAAUGCCACCGAAUAUGGGCAUGCCACCGCAGCAUCAUCCUCAUAGUCCUUCACCAGGCUAUGAAAAUGUUCAGUCUUCUCAAAUGCAAGGAGUGCCUCAGCCACAAGGAAAUUACCAGCACCCAUCACACCAAGUUCCUCCUCAUCCACAGUCGUCUCACCAGCAACCCCCGCAUUCGCAGUCGCCUCAUCCACAAGGAUCCCAUUCGCAAUCGCCUCACUCUCAGGGUCCUCAUCCACAAUCGCCGCAUCAACAAGGCCCUCAUUCACAAUCACCACAUUUGCAGAGUCCUCACUCUCAACCGCCACAUUUACAAGGACCUCAUCCUCAAUCUCCACACCAACAAAGCCCUCAUUCUCAAUCACCACACCCACAAGGUCCUCAUGGGCAACCACCCCAUUCUCAAGGUCCACAUUCGCAGUCACCACACCCGCAAGGGCCACAUGGUCAAUCUCCCCAUCCUCAAGGCCCCCACUCACAAUCUCCACACCAACAAGGUCCCCACUCACAAUCAUCACAUCCGCAAGGUAAUCAUCCCCAGUCUCCACAUCCAGGGGGACCUCAUUCUCAAUCCCCUCACUCUCAAGGACCUCAUUCUCAAUCUCCUCAUCCACAGGGUCCACAUAUGCAACAAGGUCCUCAUCCACAACCUCCUCACUCACAAUCUCCUCAUCAUCAAUCCUCUCAUCAGCCGCCGCACCCAGGUUCACACCCAGGCCCUCACCAAGGCCCGCAUCAAGGUCCACAUCCUGGCCAACAUCCAGGUCCACAUCCAGGCCCACAUCCAGGCCCGCAUCAAGGCCCGCAUCAAGGUCCUCAUCCAGGUGCACACCAAGGACCUCAUCCAGGUGCACACCAAGGACCUCAUCAAGGUCCACAUCAGGGACCACAUCAGGGUCCACAUCAGGGUCCACAUCAGGGUCCACAUCAAGGCCCACAUCAAGGACCACAUCAAGGCCCUCAUCAAGGCCCGCAUCAAGGCCCACACCAGGGUCCUCAUGGACCUCAUCCACAGCUUCCGCAUCAAUCUCAAAUGCCUGUCCCGCAGUAUUAUCAACCUCAUCCUCCGCAAGCCGGAGCUAAUGCAGGCAAUAUGGGACAAGGCGGGCCGCCUGGACCAACACAAGGACAACAACAGCCUUCACCUCCCCAAGGUGGCCCAAUGGGACCAAUGCACGGUCAACCUGGCCAUAAUGCUCCAUCACACUCCCCUGGUCCUGGACAACCGCAUCCACCAGAAAUGCGGCCAAGUAUGGGUAAUCAACAACAGCAACAACAAUCUCCAAGUCCUGGUGGACCAAGUGGACCUGGUGGUCCAGCCGGAUCGACUGGUCCUGGUGCACCUAUGAGUGCUAGCAGUUCGAAUAGUCCUAUGGGUCUGAGUGGCCCUGGUGGCCCAGGUGGUCCAAGUGGGCCUGGAAGUUCUAUAAGUGCUGCAGCUCCUGGAGGGCCUGGAGGUCCUGGAAGUUCUAUGGGUCCAGGAGGACCAGGAGGUCCAAUGGGAGCAGGAGGACCAGGAGGACCAAUGGGAGCAGGAGGAGCAGGAGGACCUGGACAAGGAAGUUUAAUGGGCGCUGGAGGCCCUGGCGGCCCUAUGGGUGCUGGAGGCCCAGGAGGUCCGAUGAGUGCACCAGGUCCUGGUGGUCCCAUGAAUCCUGGUAAUGGCCCUGGAGGACCUAUGAGCACUGGUGGACCUGGAGGCUCUAUGGGUACUGGCGGUCCUGGAGGUUCAAUGGGUGCUGCAGGACCUGGAGGAUCAAUGAGCAGUGGAGGGCCAAGUGGACCUAUAGGAGCUGGCCCAGGGGGCCCUAUGGGCAUAGGAGGACCUGGCGGCCCAAUCGGAGCUGGUGGUCCUGGAGGACCAAUGGGAACUGGUGGGCCUGGCGGUCCAAUGGGAACUGGUGGUACUGGAGGUCCGAUGGGUGCCGGUGGUCCAGGAGGGCCAAUGGGAACUGGUGGUCCUGGAGGUCCAAUGGGAUCUGGUGGACCAGGAGGACCAAUAGGAUCUAGUGGGUCUGGAGGUCCAAUGGGACCUGGCGGACCAAUGGGAUCUGGUGGACCCGGAGGUUCAAUGUCAACUAGCGGUCCUGGUGGUCCAAUGGGUGCUGGAGGACCUGGAAGUCACAUGGGUCCUGGUGGACCUGGAGGUCCCAUGAGUGCUGGUGGUCCUGGAGGGCCUAUGGGAGUAGGCGUUCCUGGCGGUUCUAGUGGUCCUGGAGGACCAAUGGGGGCUGGAGGUCCAAUGGGCCCUGUUGGUCCUGGAGGUCCUAUGGGUGCUGGUGGUCCAGGUGGCCCGAUGGGUGGCGGGAUUCCCGGAGGUCCAAUGGGUGCAGGAGGUCCAAUGGGAGCCGGUGUACCAGGAGGUCACAUGAUGGGUGCAGGUCCUGGAGGUCCAAUGGUUCCAGGAGGUCCACCUCCAAUGAAUCAAGGCCCUGGACACAUUAGCCCCAAUACGCAAAACGGUCCACCGGGAUCUGGUCCUGGACCCGCUCCAGUUCCUGGUCAAGGACAGGAAAAUCUCAAUGCUCUGCAAAAGGUGAUAAACACUAUGGAAAAGAAGGGCCUACAAGAAGAUCCACGAUAUUUACAACUUCUUGCGCUAAGAGCACGACAGGGCAACAACGAGAACCAGCUUCUCACUCCACAGCAGAUGCAGCAGUUUCAUGCUCAGAUUAUGGCUUACCGCACUUUGGCGCGAAGUCAGCCUCUCAGUCCUCAACAGAUAAUGGCUGUUCAAGGAAUUAAUCAAAGACCCGUCGAUCCGUCUCAGGUCGGCCCCAUGGGACCUGGCGGUCCACCAGGUGGUCCUCCUCAUGGACCUAUGGGUAUGCCCGGUUUUCCAGGUCCUCCAAGGUUAGGUCCACCUGGUCCGCAACAACAGCAACAGCAACAACCGCACCCUCAGCAGCAAGGACCUCAACCCGGCUCGAAAACAAACAGAGUCACAACAGUGGCCAGGCCUUGCGGUGUCGAUCCGCUCCAUAUAUUGCACGAACGCGAGUCUCGCGUGAACCAAAGGAUCACGCUACGCAUGCAACAGCUUGGUUACGUACCUCCCAACCUACCUGAAGAAUUGCGUACUCAGGCACAGAUAGAGUUACGCAUGCUGCGGGUUCUGGACUUCCAACGACAGCUUAGAUCAGAAAUUUUAUCCAGCACGCGCCGAGACACGACGCUCGAGACGACAGUAAACAUGAAAGCGUAUAAACGCGCUAAGCGACAGGGUCUGAGGGAAUCUCGAGCCACGGAAAAGCUCGAGAAACAACAGAAGCUCGAGGCCGAGAGGAAACGAAAGCAGAAACACCAAGAAUUUAUAACGUCGGUUUUGCAGCACGGUAAGGAUUUGAAGGAAUUCCACAGGAACAAUAUAGCCAAGCUCUCGCGGCUUAACAAGGCUAUCAUGAAUUAUCACGCGAAUGCCGAGCGGGAACAGAAGAAAGAACAAGAGAGGAUAGAGAAAGAACGAAUGAGACGUUUGAUGGCCGAGGAUGAAGAGGGUUACAGAAAACUUAUUGAUCAGAAGAAAGACAAGCGUUUGGCUUUCUUACUUUCACAGACUGAUGAAUAUAUUGGCAAUCUCACGGAGAUGGUAAAGCAGCAUAAGAUAGAGCAAAAGAAGAAGCAGGCUGAGGAGCAAAAGAGGAAGAAGAAAAAAAAGAGACUUUCAGUAGAAGGUGAAAAUGGUGAAGCGGUCGACGGCGAAGAUGUUCGAGUCGAAGUCAUGGAGACGUCCACCGGUCGUACUCUGACGGGUGAUGAGGCUCCUCUAUUAAGCCAGCUAAAUGCAUUUCUGGAGGGUCAUCCAGGAUGGGAAGCAGUUGAGACUGAUAGUGAGGACGAUGAUGACGAAGAUGGCGACGAAAAUGAUGAGAAGAAUGACAAAGAAAACAAUUCUGAAGAGGUGAAAACUAAGAAAACGAUACAAAAAGCCAAAGUUGAAGACGAUGAAUACAAAACUGAAGAACAAACUUAUUAUAGUAUUGCUCACACAGUUCACGAGAGUGUCACAGAACAGGCAUCUAUUAUGGUCAAUGGACAAUUGAAAGAGUAUCAAGUCAAAGGUUUGGAAUGGAUGGUGUCGUUAUUCAACAACAACCUCAACGGUAUUUUGGCUGACGAGAUGGGUCUUGGUAAGACCAUACAGACGAUAGCUCUCGUCACCUAUCUUAUGGAAAAGAAGAAAGUUAACGGGCCUUUUCUCAUUAUUGUUCCUCUAUCGACGCUUUCCAAUUGGAUAUUAGAGUUUGAAAAAUGGGCACCCAGCGUCGUUGUUGUUUCUUAUAAAGGGUCCCCAGCUGGAAGAAGAGCCAUUCAGUCUCAAAUGCGCGCCACUAAAUUUAACGUUUUAUUAACUACUUAUGAAUAUAUUAUCAAAGACAAAAGUGUCUUAGCGAAAUUACAGUGGAAGUAUAUGAUUAUAGACGAAGGACAUAGAAUGAAAAAUCAUCAUUGUAAAUUAACUCAAGUGUUAAACACUCAUUAUCUUGCACCUCAUCGUUUGUUGCUCACGGGUACACCAUUACAAAACAAAUUACCAGAGCUGUGGGCUCUGUUAAAUUUCUUACUUCCAUCUAUUUUUAAAUCUUGCAGUACCUUUGAACAGUGGUUUAAUGCACCUUUUGCUACGACUGGUGAAAAAGUUGAAUUGAAUGAAGAAGAAACGAUUCUUAUUAUCCGUCGUCUGCAUAAAGUAUUGCGGCCGUUCUUGUUAAGACGUUUGAAAAAAGAAGUAGAGUCACAACUACCUGAUAAAGUAGAAUAUAUUAUUAAGUGUGAUAUGUCGGGCUUACAAAAAGUUCUUUAUAAGCAUAUGCAGAGUAAAGGUGUUUUAUUGACUGAUGGAUCUGAAAAAGGAAAACGCGGCAAAGGUGGCGCAAAAGCCCUAAUGAACACAAUUGUCCAACUGCGUAAACUUUGUAAUCAUCCAUUCAUGUUCCAACAUAUUGAAGAAAAAUACUGCGAAUAUUUGGGUAUACAAGGAUCUGGAGUUAUUACUGGUCCUCUUUUAUACCGAGCUUCUGGAAAGUUUGAACUGCUAGAUCGUAUUUUACCCAAAUUAAAAGCUACAGGUCAUAGGGUAUUGUUGUUCUGUCAAAUGACGCAACUCAUGACCAUCAUGGAGGAUUAUCUUCAAUGGCGUGGCUUCUUAUAUUUAAGAUUAGAUGGAACAACAAAAGCAGAAGAUAGAGGAGAUCUGUUAAAGAAAUUCAACGAUCCUGGAUCAGAGUUUUUCCUAUUUAUAUUAUCUACACGAGCUGGUGGUCUUGGUUUGAAUCUCCAGGCUGCGGAUACUGUAAUUAUUUUUGAUUCCGACUGGAAUCCUCACCAAGACUUGCAAGCUCAAGACAGGGCUCAUAGAAUAGGACAGAAGAAUGAAGUAAGGGUUUUAAGACUAAUGACUGUGAACUCCGUAGAGGAGAGAAUUUUAGCCGCUGCUAGGUAUAAACUUAACAUGGAUGAAAAGGUCAUUCAAGCUGGUAUGUUUGAUCAAAAAUCCACUGGAUCUGAACGGCAGCAAUUCCUUCAAAGUAUUUUACAUCAAGAUGAUGCAGACGAUGAAGAGGAGAAUGAAGUUCCAGAUGAUGAGACUGUAAAUCAGAUGAUUGCAAGAUCCGAAGGAGAGUUUGAGGCCUUCCAAAAACUCGACUUAGAAAGAAGAAGAGAAGAAGCGAAAAUGGGGCCUGCCAGAAAAGGCCGUUUGCUAGAGGAAUCUGAACUUCCUGAGUGGUUGGUGAAAAACGACGAUGAAGUUGAAAAGUGCUGUUAUGAACAAGAAGAAGAUGAAAAAUUCUUAGGCCGAGGUUCAAGGCAGCGCAAAGAAGUCGAUUACACCAAUAGCCUCACAGAGAAAGAAUUAUUAAGGGCUAUUGGCGAUGAUGGAGUUGAAUUCGAAGAAGAGGAAGAAGAAGACAAGAAAAAGAAACAAACGAGAAAACGCAGAAAGAAGGGCGAUGAGGAUGAGGAGCCUGUUGUAAAGAAGAGGAGAGGUGCCUCGGGUAUAAGUCCCAAGUUAAAGAGGAGUAUGAAGAAAAUAAUUUCUGUAGUCGUUAAUUAUACGGAUAGUACCGACGGCCGAGCGUUAAGUGAACCCUUUAUGGAAUUACCGUCGCGUCGUGAAUUCCCAGAUUAUUACGAAAUCAUUAAGAAGCCUCUCGCUAUCAAUAAACUGAUACAAAAAAUAGAAGAGAGCAAAUACACAGACUUGGAUGAACUCGAGAAGGACUUUAUGCAGCUUUGCAAAAACGCACAAAUAUACAACGAGGAAGCGUCACUGAUCCACGAGAAUUCUAUUGUUUUGCAAUCUGUUUUUACAAAUGCACGACAAAAGGUCGAAGCCGAGGGUCUGGGCUCCGACGACAAUAAGGAUGGCGAUGAUGGAUCGGACGCAGAAUCUAACGUAAGGAUGAAAAUUAAAUUGAAAGGAAGAAAAGGCGAGGGUGGUGGAAGAGGAGGUCGAAGAAAGAGAAUAAGCAAAAAGUGUAUUUCAGACGAUGACGACGAUGCUGAUGAUCAUUGAGUGUAUAUAAGCUUUAGAAAUCUGUAAGGUUUUAAAUUAUAUUUCGAUAAAUUUUCUUAUAAGUAUAUUUCAUGAUUUUAAAGACACCGAAAGUCGAUAAAAAGCUAAAUCAAUUUUUUAAACAGCUGUAGGAAAUUUAGAAAUUUUUUUAAUUUUAGGUACACUUAUAGUGAAAAAUAGUCUUGAAUUUUUCUUCUAUCGUCCUAUUCUGAUUUUUGUCUGUAAUCAAGAACUUUCACAGAAAUGGUAAUUGUGUAUAAUAAUUAAUUAUAUACAGUAAAUGAGAUAGAUCGUACUAAAUAUA